UCACCUCCUGCACAACGAAAACCAAGCAUUAUCAGCCCACAGCUAGGCCACACGAAGCUAGCGAUUCGAUACAUCGAUAUAUAUAUCAAUAUGGCUUCCGCCAGAUACACUACCUGGUUACACCCGGAGCACUCGCUAACGAGGCGCGUUUACGGCGGCAAGCGGGGCGCUGCCGGUGUCUGCAACGUGUGCGACCGCACCAUCUCCGGCGGCAGCUACGGCUACAGAUGCGGCGGCGGCGCCGCGUGCGGCGGCUUCGACGUCCACGAGGCCUGCCUCACCCUGCCGAAGCGAGUCAAGCUCGGCCGGCGCCAUCGCGACCACGAGCUCACGCUCUCCGUCCUCACGGCCAGCCGGCGGUGCGUCGCCUGCAGGGAGACCUCCGACGCCGGCCGCUGCAUGUACCGCUGCGUGGAGUGCGACGUCGACGUGCACCCGCGGUGCACGCCGCUGCUGAUGGAGGCCGGCGGCGCCAGCGGCCGCCGCUGGCCGCAGCAUGGUUGGAAGCGUCGAGCGGCGAAGCGCGUCGCCAAGGUUGCUCUCAACUGCGUGUUGGAAGUGGUGAUUACAGUAGUGACCAGCGGGAAUGAUUAGGGUAAAUCCAUUUAUUCACUGAAUCUACCGUAAAUUUGUCAUAGUAGAUUCUUAGGGUCGCUCCAUAAAUGUAAAUGGAUCAAACGGUUCAAACCAUUAGAACCUAGGUUUAAGGGGUUCGACCCAAAAUGACUUCACAUGUAUAAAUGUUUCAAAAAUUUAUACAAAGUUGCUUCUCUUUAUAAUAAAUCAUUCCUAUACAAAAAUCAACUAAAUUUAACAAGUUUUUAUAGCGUUAACGCGAGUUUAUAAAUUUUGGGUCCGAGUUUUACACACAUGUAACUAGAAUUUUUGAAUCUUAGUAAUGCAUCGUGGGCCCCGCAUGUCUAAAUGGCUUAAAAUUUGUACCAAGUUGCUUCUCCAUAUAAUAAAUCAUCUCUACAAAAUUCAACUAAAUUUGAUAAAGUUUUUAUAAUGUGAACGCGAGUUUUAAAAUUUUGGACCCGAGUUUUACAUACAUAUAAUAAGAAUUUUUUUUUACUACUAGAAUAGAUGAUCCAUUUGGAUAUCUAUGGAUAGCAUAUUGAUAUAAUAGACUCAUGAUGGAUUGACUCUAUUAAAUUAUGGAUGAAUGAACUCACUUAAAACGGUUUAAAACAGUUUAAGUUCAAUCCAUAUCCUAACCAUUCCCAUCCUGGACUGUUCCAUAUCGCCUGGACAUUACCGGUGUGGCCUAUGUAUAUGUUCGUGCUCCAUAUCGCCUGCGCGCGUUUCUCCGGCCGGCACCGAGGGGAGACGACAGCGUCACAGCGGUCCCCGAGUCCGCGCUGCCAACCGAAUCCGCGUGGGGGCAGAAGCGGAAAUCGGAGCCGAAGGAGACGACUAAAACUCCCGAGUCCACGCCGCUGGAUGGCCGGGAACGGAGAGGUAUAGUUCUGGUUCAGGAAACUCUGACAGAAAACGUAGUAGUAGCGCUCAACCGAGUAGCUGAUAGGAACGGUGCCUAAGGUUUCAGAUUCGACUUUCUACUCUAAACCACGCAAGUUGUAAAUUUUCUGAAUUUUCGAUGAGAAAAUUCCAACACAUGUCACAGUUGCUUCUGUUACGUUCCAUGGCGUGUUCCGUAUUUAGUAUUUACAGGUUCAAAUCAAUGUAUACGUCUCCACAUUUCAACAUGUCGUGUACGUACCCGAUCGAAACUGAAUCAGGUCGGAGCGAAAGAGCC